AGAGAAGUGCAACUUCCAAUCAAAAAGGAGGAUGUAGAGCUACCAUACGUAAAAGAGGAGGACGAUAUCGCCAUGUCGACCGAUCUAAAUGUCACCCAAGCCCAUCGUCCUGAGCACCAGGAGUCUGCAUGCAUUUAGAAGGAGGAAGAGUCACUAUACAUCAAGGAUGAGGAAGAGUCCGUACCCAUUCAAGGUUUCAGCAAAUAUGAGUCUCCUUCCAUUAAAGAGGAAUUUGAGCACCAGAAAAUGAAACAGGAACAGCCAGAGCUCCCUCAACAGCAAAAGAGAGAAGCGCAACUUCCAAUCAAAAAGGUGCAGGUAGAGCUGCCAUACAUUAAAGAGGAGGACGAUAUCACCAGAUCGACUGGUGAGCCCCUAAAGAGUGAAGAUUGUCUGAGUGAGGCCAGCAGAGGGACGGAGCCUCAGAGCAGCAACUCAACACAAGGCUUGCAAACUGACAUUUUCAUCGCUCCAUCGGACAGAAAUGGUGCCACAUCACACUCAACUUACAAUGAUGAUGGUCAUAAGAAAUCUCACUGUGACGACAAACACUGCAAAUGCUCUCAGUGUGGGAAAACCUUUGCUAAUAAGUAUACCUGUCGUAGGCAUAUGAGGAGCCACACUGGCGAAAAACCUUUUGUCUGCUCAGUUUGUGGUCAUAAAUUCACUGGAAAGGAAACCUUAAACAGUCACACAAGAACCCACACUGGUGAAAAACCUUUUGCCUGCUCAGUUUGUGGUCAAACAUUUAGUGGUAAGCAAAACCUAGGAAUACAUUUAACAACCCACACUUGUGAAAAACCUUUUUCCUGCUCAGUUUGUGGUAAAGGAUUCAGUCUAAAGCAAGACGUACAAAGACACAUAAGAAACCACACUGGUGAAAAACCUUUUGUCUGCUCAGUUUGUGGUCAAGGAUUCAGUCAAAAGCAAGACGUACAAAAACACAUAAGAACCCACACUGGUGAAAAACCUUUUUCCUGCUCCGUUUGUGGUCAAGGAUUCACUCGAAAGCAACACUUGAAAACACACACAAGAACCCAUACUAGUGAAAAACCUUUUGCCUGCUCAGUUUGUGGUCAAGAAUUCAGUCAAAAGCAUGAUGUACAAAGACACAUAACAACCCACACUGGUGAAAAACCUUUUUCCUGCUCAGUCUGUGGCAAAGGAUUCAGUCUAAACCAAGACGUACAAAGACACAUGAGAACCCACACUGGUGAAAAACCUUUCGUCUGCUCAGUUUGUGGUCAAGGAUUCAGUCAAAAGAAAGACGUACAGGAACACAUAAGGACUCACACUGGUGAAAAACCUUUUUCCUGCUCCGUUUGUGGUCAAGGAUUCGCUCGAAAGCAACACUUGAAAACACACACAAGAACCCAUACUAGUGAAAAACCUUUUGCCUGCUCAGUUUGUGGUCAAGAAUUCAGUCAAAAGCAUGAUGUACAAAGACACAUAACAACCCACACUGGUGAAAAACCUUUUUCCUGCUCAGUCUGUGGCAAAGGAUUCAGUCUAAACCAAGACGUACAAAGACACAUGAGAACCCACACUGGUGAAAAACCUUUCGUCUGCUCAGUUUGUGGUCAAGGAUUCAGUCAAAAGAAAGACGUACAGGAACACAUAAGGACUCACACUGGUGAAAAACCUUUUUCCUGCUCCGUUUGUGGUCAAGGAUUCGCUCGAAAGCAACACUUGAAAACACACACAAGAACCCACACUGGUGAAAAACCUUUUGCCUGCUCAGUUUGUGGUCAAGAAUUCAGUCUAAAGCAUGAUGUACAAAGACACAUAAGAACCCACACUGGUGAAAAACCUUUUGUGUGCUCAGUUUGUGGUCAUAAAUUCACUCGAAAGGAAAACUUAUAGACCCUACUCACGUGACGUCACAGCCACGCCCCCGCGCCAUGUUGUCCGGAUACUAGUCAUGUUAAUGCAUUAGCGCUUCGUAAAUUCCUCCUAUUAUGGCGUGUUUGUCUGCUCGUUAACAUUAAUAAUCAAAAUGGUGAAGUCGUGUGUGGCGGUCGGUUGAAAAAACAGAGAAGAUAGACGGAGAGACUUGAAUUUUUACCGUAUUCCGAGAGACCCGAAGAGGAGACCGAGAUUGACUGCUGCAAUUCGACGAGAAAACUGGGCUCCAAACGACUACCACAGAUUACGUAGUAGUCAUUUUAUAUCUGGUAAGAUGCAUUUAAUAUAUAUUUAGAGGGUUUUG